UUCCCAGUAGAGUCGUCUCAGUGUUUGAAACAAACGCACUCACUGGCACAGACACACUCUCACACUCGCACAGACUUACUGUCUCUGUGACCGAGCGACUCAGCCUUUCACAGAACGAGAGAAGGACGAAGAAAGAGGAGGAAAGAGGGAAGGGAGAGAGGGAGGGAGGUAGAGAGGAGUGCAGCGAAGACCAUUAAAAUAAGGAAGCCUGUCUACCUGCAAAACAAGCAAAAAGGAUAGAAAAGGAAAUCAAACUGAAAAGAUCACCAUCCCUCCGGGAGAUGCACAUCAUUGGCCUGGCUUGGCUGGGCUGGGCUGGGCUGGGCUCUCCAGACAUGGUCAGGACAUUCCUGAGCACCUGCAACAUUUUCAGAGAGCUUGUAAAAACAAGAAACUCCAGCUCUCUGAAUAAAUGAUACGCGCAUUCUCCCUGCUUGGGAAUAGGACCCUGAAUCUGUAAAACUAACUGACAACGUAAAACUUCCAACAAUCAGACUGCGUUCUCCCUGCUUCAUCCCUGAAUCUAGCUGGCAUUGUAAUAAUAAUAAUAAUAAUAAUAAUAAUAAUAAUAAUAAUAAUAAUUAAUUAAUUCUUAGUGCAUUUUCAGAGAGAAGGGCAUUAAAUACCAGCGAGAAACUUCGCCCCCUCCCCCUGAAUAAAUAACAAGACUGUUCACUCUCCCUGCCUCUGGCACUGAGCUCCUUGUCAGUCUUCACAGUGAUGGUCGGGACUCUGCUCCUCCUCUCCCUCCUCUUCCUCUCCCUCCUCCUCCUCCUCCAGGCGCAGCUCUCCUCCUGCCUGCAGGGGGGAGGAGGGGGUCCCACUCAGCGGCUCCCGGGGGCCAUCAUCAUUGGGGUGCGGAAGGGGGGCACCCGGGCGCUGCUGGAAAUGCUCAACGUGCACCCCGACAUCCGGGCGGCGAAAUCCGAGGUCCACUUCUUCAACCGGGACCAGAACUACCAGCGCGGGCCAAGCUGGUACCGAGCCCAGAUGCCAGAAUCCCUGCCGGGUCAGCUGACCGUGGAGAAGACCCCCGGGUACUUCUCCUCCCCGGUGGCCCCCGAAAGGGCCCGGGCGCUGAACGCCUCGCUGCGGCUGCUCCUCAUCGUGCGGGACCCCGUGGAGAGGCUGGUGUCAGACUACACCCAGGUGCUGAGCAACCGGCGAGAGAGAGGCAAGGGCUACCCGCCGCUGGAGCGGCUGCUGAUCCGAGAGGGGAGGGUGGACCCGAGCUACAAAGCGGUCCAGCGCAGCGUGUAUCACCUCCAGCUGGCGGCCUGGCUGCGCUGCUUCCCCCCGGGGCAGAUCCACGUGGUCGACGGGGAUGCCCUGAUCCGGGAUCCUUUCCCCGAGCUCCGCAGGGUGGAGGGCUUCCUCUCGCUGGCCCCCGCCAUCGCCCCCUCCGACUUCCGCUUCAACCACACCAAGGGCUUCUUCUGCCUGGAGAGCGGGGGCCGGCAUCGCUGCCUGGACGAGUCCAAGGGGCGCCCGCACCCCCCCGUCCGGCCGGCCGUCCGCCAGCGGCUCUGCCGGCACUUCAGAGAGCACAACCGGAGGUUCUUUGAGAUGGUGGGGCGCAGCUUCGACUGGUGCUGAAUCCGGGCUGAAGCAGGGCUGGAUCGAGGCCGGAUCAGGGUUGAAUCGGGGCUGAAUCAGACCUGAAUCGGGGCUGAAUCAGUGCUGGAUCGGACCUGAAGCGGGGCUGGAUCAGUGCUGGAUCGGGGCUGAAUCAGGGCUGGAUCGAGGCUGAAUCGGACCUGAAGCGGACCUGAAGCGGGGCUGAGUCUGGGCUGGAUCGGGGCUGAAUCUGACCUGAAUCUGGGCUGAAUCGGGGCUGAACUACAUUGGAACUGAACUGGAAUUAAACUGGAACUGUCAAUCAAAUCCUGAUUGAUUAAAAUCAUUAAAAAUGAAUUAAUUAAUUUUCUCUCUCUCCUCCUUUCUCUCCUUUCUCUCUCUCUCCUUUCUCUCUUUGGUUCGGUAGAUGGUUUGGUAGACUGAUUUUAUAAUUGAUAAACUUCUUUAGAAUUAAUAAAAAAAUAAAUAAACAAAAAUAAAGUCGGAUUUAUAAGUCUUGCAAGGUUUUGUUUGAAUGUACAGAAAAAGUUUAGAAACACUAAAAUAAUUCAAUGGCAAACGUUUCCACUAGAAGUCUCUCUGUGUCUUCAGUGUAAAUUCAAUGGCAAACGUUUCCACUAGAAGUCUUUCUCAGCGUCUUCAGUGUAAAUUCAAUGGCAAGCGUUUCCACUAGAAGUCUUUCUCAGUGUCUUCAGUGUAAAUUCAAUGGCAAACGUUUCCACUAGAAGUCUUUCUCAGCGUCUUCAGUGUAAAUUCAAUGGCAAGCGUUUCCACUAGAAGUCUUUCUCAGUGUCUUCAGUGUAAAUUCAAUGGCAAACGUUUCCACUAGAAGUCUCUCUCAGUGUCUUCAGUGUCAAUUCAAUGGCAAACGUUUCCACUAGAAGUCUUUCUCAGUGUCUUCAGUGUAAAUUCAAUGGCAAACGUUUCCACUAGAAGUCUUUCUCAGUGUCUUCAGUGUAAAUUCAAUGGCAAACGUUUCCACUAGAAGUCUUUCUCAGUGUCUUCAGUGUAAAUUCAAUGGCAAACGUUUCCACUAGAAGUCUUUCUCAGUGUCCUCAGCUCUAGCCAGUGUAGAGC